AUGUUGUCCACGAUCAGGAAUAGUUUUGUGAGAAAAAUUGGUGUCAGAAAUUUUGUGGGUGUUGUUGGGGUGCCUUUCGAGAAAGGCCAGAGAAAAGAAGGAGUUGCACUGGCGCCUGAUGCAAUCAGAAGAGCGGGUCUCAUUGAUGAAUUAAAAAAUUUAGGUUUGGAUGUGAAAGACUAUGGAAAUAUAAAAUACGAGGCUGAAGUAGUGGCAGGAGUAGACAAUAUGUCCCACUUAGGAGAAGUAGCAGCGUGCACUAGAGAAUUGUCCCAAGCUAUUCAGAAUAUUAUGAAAGAAGGGAGAAAGGUAGUGACUUUAGGAGGAGAUCAUAGUGUGGGGGUUGGGGCGAUCGAUGGACACGUGAAGGCAAAAGGAAGCGUUGGAGUUCUGUGGGUAGAUGCUCACGCCGACUUGAACACAAAUAAAACCAGUGACAGUGGUAAUGUUCAUGGAAUGCCGGUUGCUCUGCUAACAUCAGAAUUAUCAGACUAUUGGCCUCAUCUUCCUGGAAUGGACUGGCAGAUGCCUAUGUUGUCGAUUAGAAAUGUAGCUUACAUUGGUCUUCGCUCAGUGGACAAAUACGAAAGAUUGGUGAUUGAAAAAUUUGGGAUAACUGCAUUUGGAAUGGAAGAUGUCGAGAGAUAUGGAAUACACGAGGUCGUCCACAUGGCUCUGAAAAAAAUCGACCCCCACUCCGACAAAUCUUUGCACAUCAGCUUCGACAUCGACGCCUUGGACCCCCUAGAGGCCCCCAGUACAGGAACAGCAGUCAGAGGCGGAUUAUCCCUGCGAGAGGGGAUCCACCUGAUGGAAGAAGUCUACAGGACGAACCGUCUGAAUGCGAUCGAUCUGGUCGAGGUGAAUCCCGAGAUCGGCGAUGAGAGAAGUGUUAACUUGACUACAGAGGCAGCAAUUUAUAUUUUACAAGCUGGCCUUGGUUACACGAGAAGAGGACUCAAAGUUCCAGCUGGAGUGACUGAUAUUCCUCUCCAAACGUUUCAUUGACCUCCAGAAGUCUCCAAAAAUCUCCAGGAUUCUCCAUACUGAGAAAAAAAAUUAUUUUUGCCAAAUAUCCAUUUACUUGCUAGAAGCAAUUAUUUUUUCAAUAUCUUAUUUCUCCAGUCGAGUCAUUGCCAGGUAAUUGUCAUUAGAUUUCAAUUAUGGCAAUUAUAUUGCUCUAGAAGAUGAUCAUGCUAGUUAUAACCUUGAGUGAACUCCCUCAAUAAUUAUAAACACUAAAACAGGGCGCGCGUAUUAUUUUCCAUGGGGGCUAGAUUGGUAAAACCUUACCGUUUCUCACUUUCAUUCAUUAUUAUCUCAAUAAUAAUGCAGGAAAAACGAAUGGUUUCAACAAAGUCAAUUAGAAUUCAAUUUUUGAAUAAUUUAUUCAGACUCGUCAUAAUCCUCUUUAUCUUCUUUGUUUC